UUUUUUUUUAGGAAAAGUGCUUGGCAUCUUGACGCGAUACACUCGUUGGUCGAUUGCACAGCUUUCCAUUCGUUUCUCAAGAAUGACAGCCGAAGUCAACUCGGCGGCCGCGGCCUGUCCGCACCCUCCGCACAAGACGCCAGCCAAGGCCCAAGGAUGUCCUGUAGACCACAGCAAGGCCGACACAGCCAAGGCUCAAGGCUGUCCCGUGGACCACAGGAAGAGCGAUGGCAAUGACGCAGAUAUCGGCCUCAGUGCCGAGAUGAUGCGCGCCGCCAACCACGCUGCUGGCUUCACAGUACGCGGGUCUGGAGCUGCUCCCAUCCACUUGUCAAAAGAUCGCGCCGUGUCUUCGAUCCCCAAGGGCGACUUUACGCCCGAGCAUCAGACUGGAACCGAGGAUAAAUGGGAGUAUCCGAGCGAGGACAUGUACUUUAAGGCCAUGAAGCGCAAGGGCUGGGCUCCUGAGGCGCAGCAGAUGAAGACCAUUGUAGCCAUUCAUAACACGGUCAACGAGCAGAGCUGGCGUGAGGUGCUCAAGUGGGAGAGCUUUCACCCAUCAAAGGAGCCCGUCAAGCUCAAGAAGUUUAUGGGCAAGCCGACCGAAUAUAGUCCCAAAGCCAAGAUGAUGAACCUGCUGGGAUGGUCCGUGCUGCCUUUUGACCGUCACGACUGGGUCGUGGACCGAGAUGGCAAGGAAGUGCGCUACGUCAUCGACUUUUACUCGGGAGCAGCGACGCCCGGGAAGCCCCUUUCCGUCUAUUUGGACGUGCGUCCGGCAUUGGACUCAGUGGAGGGAGUUGUGGACCGCUUGAGGUGGCAGUUCCACGAGAAGAUUGCGCCGUUCCUGCCUUUCAAUGGCGCCAUGUUCAAGCCCACGACGCCUGCGGAGUCAGAUAAUACUCAGAAGCACGACCAGGGUGGCCACUCUAAAGUGACGCCCAAGAGCGACUAGAUAUCCUGCUUAUCUUUGGACAGCGAGCAAGACGAGCAACUCUUAGCAGUAUUUUUCGGGUAGAAUCAAUUGACUCACGUCGUAAUUUUUGUGUUGUGUUUGUAAGUUAUUUUUUAUUUUGCAGGUGGAUUUGGACACGACGCUUCAUUUUGAGAUCAUUGAGUUGUGGCCAUGUCAAUGGACGUGAACGUGAAGGUAGCAGUGCGAUGUCGCCCCAUGAGCUCUCGGGAGACGCAAAUGGGUGCACACGGGAUCGUUCAAGUACUUGACGGAACGACGGUGGUAAUUUAUCCUACCGCUGAUGCACAAGCUUCUGCUUCCAAUUCACCACCUUCGGAUGCUUCAGAUACUUCCGAAAAGAAACAGUAUACUUUCGACUUCGCUUACUAUACGGAGAGCAC